AAAUAAGUGUGAUUGCUGAAUAUCGUUCCUAUGAUGGUGUCGGCAAUAAUAAAGCGAACCCUAAAGCGGGAUCUUCCGGCGUACCAUACUUUAUUAUUGAACAAUUUACCCAACGAUUCGAUAAUCCUACCACUGGAAGCAUGCUGCAGUGUCCUGGCAAUUAUACUAGUAUCUUGAGCGUAAACUGCACAAAUCCAUUGCAAUCGGGUCAAUUCCCUCUUCCAAGGUGCAUUAGUAACUUGGCUAACGGUAUUCACAAAUCAUUUGUUGAUCAGAAUAAUAUAUCCUAUUCUGAUUCAUUGAAAUCCAAAAGGAAGUCGUCUCAUUUGAUGACUUUUUGGAUUGAUUUCCUGGCUUUUGAUAUCGUCAAAAGCGUUGAAACUGGCGAAAUUUAUAAUAAUGGUAUUCUGAUUCCUAAUAAUGAUAAAUUUUAUCUCUCGUAUGGUGUUGAGAAUGCUACUUCGGUCCCAAUGCCCGCAUUACAAUUUAAUCGAACCUAUUCUGCGAGCUAUGGGACGGUAAAUGAGGCAACAUCCUUUCUUGAUGGCUCUAGUAUAUAUGGUUUAAAUGAAACGAAUUUGAACUUAGUAUUAAGAGACCCUGUAGAUCUAUGUAAAAUGCGUAUGAAUUAUACAGUAGAUACUGCAGAUGGCAAGUUUGGUUAUCUUCCUCGAGGUGUGGAUGGUCGUUAUAUAAUUGGACAUUUACCUAAACGUGGUGGUCACGUUUUUACGAACGUGUUUCAUGUAAUCUUUAUUCGUGAGCAUAAUCGCAAGUGCGAUGAGCUACGCAAAACAUACGGUAAUUCUUUAACCAAUGACGAAUAUUUUCAAGAAGCCAGGAAAUGGGUUAUAGCACUUUUGCAAGUGGUACAAUACAGAGAAUAUUUGCCAAUCAUAAUGGGAACAACAUUGCCAACAUAUACAACAUAUAACCCUACACUUACGCCUGGAUUAGACUACUUUUUUGUAACAUCUACUUUCAGAUAUGGGCAUUCUGAAGCCAGCUAUCAAAUAAUGAAUCAAAAUGGUGAACCUGAAGCUGUCCUGUCGCUAAGAAAUUUACAGUUGCCCGACCUCUUAGAAAUUUAUGGUGUGCCGACAGUUAUUAUCUCUUUGUCAUUACAAAGACAAGAAGAAUUAGACAUAUUCUAUUCAGAUUUUAUGCGAGCACAUAUUGUCUCGGGAAAUCUUACUGAUCUUGCAAGCAUCGAUCAUCUCCGUUCACGUGACCGUGGCAUACCAAUGUAUAACGAUGUUAGGGCGGCAUUAGGUUUAGCAAGAGCGAAUACUUGGUCUGACAUUACAACGAAUGUUCUUGUCCAAAAACGUUUGCAAUCUUUAUACACAAGCAUUGAUCUAGUUGAAGCAUUUGUUGGAGCUCUUGCGGAAGAUCAUCUUCAAGGAUCAAAUUUCGGUCAACUAUUUCAAACAAGCAUGACCCGUCAGUGGUCUUUGAUACGUGAUUCUGAUCGAUUUUGGUAUGAAUCUCCAGAUGCCGGUUUUACUAGCGCUGAAAUUGAUAUCCUCCACAACACUACAUUACAUGAUAUAAUCCUUCGAAACACACCCGCUGGUACUUCCCUUCCACAAAACCUUUGGUUUGUUCAGCCAAGACCCGAUUUAAAUAUCAACAAUGUUACUGAUGAUCAAUAUGAUGGAUAUUCACCUUUGAAUGUGUUACUGUUAUCUAACGUAUAUAAAAUUAAAUGGAAGGUUGUUAAUGAAGAUAUUUACUUAAAAAUGACAAUGUUGAGUGAUAAUACGUGGUUUGGAAUCGGUUUUAACUCGGUAGAUGGUGGGAUGAUUGGUACCGAUUUUUUAAUCGUUAACACCAUUGACUCGUCCAGCGUAAGCGCUGGUAAUUAUCAUUCUGAUGGAUAUCGUCCUCCGAUAAAAGAUGAUAAUCAAUUUGUGAAAGUGAUCAGUUAUAAUAUUUCGAAAGGGCUCACCCAGUCUUCAAGUUAUCUAAGUUAUCAUGGCGGAAACAGAAAUAAAAUUUUAAUUAAUUUCUUCGACACUGGAGCUGGAUCUUCAUCAUCGAUUAUUGGAAGUAGCAUAUUUCUUACACGGUUGGCACACG